AAAGAGAUAGAGAGAAAAAUCUUCUAAUGCUUGAAUCAAAAGAUCCCUGCGUAAGGGUAGGAGGGGCCGAUCGAUAUCGUCACUCCAUAUAAAAAAAACCUAAAGGUGUGAUGAUGAAGAUAUCGACCUAUUGAAUAUAUAUCUAUCUAUCUCUGGAAAGAAGCCUCAUAUUGCAUCCUUCACUUUGCACACAGACUACUUUCCUAUUACAAUCAUAAACCUGUAGAUCUUCUACUUUUCUUGAUCUUGGGUCUUUUCAAGUCUUUUCAUCAAUUAUAGCCAUCAAUCAUCUCAGUCAUCAUUUCAAGAUAAAAACUUUAUAUUAAGUUUAAGUUUCACUAGUCAUCAUUUACUAUUCCAUCUUCAAAAACCACACCAUUAUCAUAACUCAAGGGUUUUCCCCCCAGAUAUAAAUCCGAGAUCCCAAGGAACACAAAUCCCAAGAUACCAAAAAUACGAAAAUACCCAAACACAGAUACUCACCCGGCAUUUGACUGAAAGAAAUAAUCCAAUCUGCUGACCGAAUGAUCUGAUUCCUACAUCCGACAAUUUAUAAGUAUUAAAAAACUAUUCUACAUCAUUCCAAAAGAUACUACCAAGGACUUCCCUCCCUACUUACUCCUAAAAGGUACCUCCUUCAUUCUUCCCUCUUCCCUCUUCCCUCAUCCUUCUUCCUUCUUCCCUCUUUUCCCGAGUACGACUCACAUACAAGAAACCGAGGUAAAGGUUUUUUCCCCAUACAUUAUUAACCUUGAAUAUUCGCCACCCUACUUUAAGUUUUAAACUCUUUUUACUAAAAGCUUUCAACAGAUCUCCAAAGCUAUCCCACUAUGCUAGCUUACAGUCCAGAAUCGAGACGCCAAACAAGUCUAUUACAACAUCAUUCACAUCAACCAUCUUAUAAUCCCGACGGAUCCUUAUCGUCUUCUUCUACUAGUCAACAACUUCAACAAUCCCAAACUUCAUCGCAACCUCAGUCUUGGAUUCCAUCAUCACUACCACUUACAUCACAAUCAACAUUUCCCACAAACGGUCUUUCAAAUAACAUCAACUUCAACUUCGACGCCGAUCAGAUUCUCUUCGACUUCCAACCACAACGGUACUCGUCAAGUCAACAAGUUCCGUCACGAACUUUUAUGCAACCCAUACAGUCGAAUAGCAGCUGGAUGUCGAACGGACAAUUAACACCUACAUCCACCUCAAGACGACAUCGUCAUCGAGAAUCUUCGUUAUCGUCGUUAGGAUCACCAGCUGCUCCUGCAUCACCUUACGCACCGUCAACAUCGAAUCCUCAAGUAGUAGGCGAUUCGUAUCAUGAGUUUCAGGACUAUCAUCCCACCGCGCCGAAACCCUUGACACCUGCACAUACACCGUUACAGGAGAACUUCCUCUCACCUCAAUAUACAAAUUUUUAUCAAAACCAGAAUAACCUAGGCUUCACGAUGCUCAACAACGAUUCAUUACCAAGAUUAGCCGGUGGCAGUAAUGAGCUGAUCUCGGCGCCUGAGUUUCACAGCCAAGGGUCGAGUAGGCCAUCAGUAACUACAGCGGCGAGUAAUGAGUCACCUUCGACGCCACCAUCCUUUGAAGAUGAAAGGCAACCGUCUGGUAUGACUUCUAGCGUGGACUCCUGGUUGAACGAAUACUUACUUCUAUCCGAUCCCAAAGCUCAUAGAACUUCCUCACAUCAGAUGCCCAAACUCGAUCGCACCAUGACGGACGCUUAUAAUGAUGAGCUGUUUAAUCCCAGCUAUCCCGUGAUUUCAGCACCUUCCCCAGCUCCUGCCUCGACUCGAACAUCUGCGACUCCAAACAACGACGUUUUCACGCAAAGAUUAAAGGCCGCAAACCAUCAGCACUUGAAUGCAAACAAGCAUGAAGCGUCGAAUUUGUCUCCUCGCGAAAGAUCACCUUUCCAACCGAACUCUCCAUUGGCCCCUUCUGCAGCAUCUUUCAACACACACAAUAUGGGAUUCGCAACAGCAACGCGCAUGCGAGAACAACAAAAAGCGAAAGAUGAUGCGUUGGCUAUGCAAGAGCAGUACCAGAGGACUAAUCCAGAACAAGUUACACCAAAGACAAUCUCCCCAAAGGAUGUGGAUUUGGUCUAUCAGGAAAGCGACGAGGAUGCAAAUAAUCCAUUGUUUCCACCGCCACAGCAUAAGCAAUCACCAGUGACUUACCGUCAGCAGUCAACGAUUGUUCAAGAGCCAUCUGAGCCGGAAGAUAUGUCAUUAUCGCAACAAAGCUAUGGUAGUAUGGCUACAACGCGACGAGAAAGUUCGUCGACAUAUUCUACAAGCUCGCAAACCACGCCAAAACAAGGACAAUUUAAUUUCGCAACCCCCACAAGUCCAGCCAGUGUCCGACAAUUACCUCAACAUUAUCCCUUCAUUCCCUCAUCGCAUCGUCAGACGAGUAGUAUGUCGAACAUGUCAAAUGUGUCAAAUGACUUUCCUGCGACUUUAACAUCUAUGGAGUCGAGCAGUGACGAUUACUCAGCAGAACCAGAAAUUCGAAGACCAUCAAAUACAUCAGCGGACAGUGGAACAUACACAUGUACGUAUCACGGAUGUACAUUACGGUUCGAGACACCAGCCAAACUUCAAAAACAUAAAAGGGAAGGACAUCGGAAUUCGACAUCAGUGAUCAACAUGGGUGGGGAAAAUCGCGGUGGUAUGACAUCAUUGGCGCAAAAGCUCAACAGUCAAAGCGGGCCUCACAGGUGCGAACGGAUAAACCCUUCAACGGGUAAACCUUGCAACACGGUAUUCUCUCGACCAUAUGAUCUUACACGACAUGAAGAUACCAUUCACAAUUCAUCCAAGCAAAAGUUACGAUGCAAAUAUUGUACCGAGGAAAAGACAUUUAGUCGGAAUGAUGCGCUCACUCGACAUUUGAGAGUGGUACAUCCAGAAGUUCCCGUGAGCACUGGAAAGGGAAGAAGAAGAGGAAUGGGACUUGGCAAUAUGGAUUGAAAUUCCAACACGCGAGUGGAUGGCAUGCAUCAAUACUCAUUUUAUCGGGGAAAAUGGGUUCAGGGGAAUGUAAUGGAGAUGAUCAGCUUUUAUUAAUUAAUUUUUAUGAGGGACGAUUGAUUGAAAAUUAUCAAU